AUGGAUCCGUCCAUUUCAAAGCCGAAACAGAUUCGCAAAACUCAACGGGCGCCGAAACGAUGUGAGACUUGUUCAAAAAGAAGGAUCAAAUGUGACGGUCAAAUACCAUGUUCUUUUUGUCUCUCAAGAUCCAUGGGACAUCUUUGCAAAAGAGAAACGGUAUUUGUUAAAGGUCGUCUGGUACCAGGUGGCGAGGGACUCGCACCUGAUGCUGAUUUGGCGAGAAUGUCGAAAGAAGAUCUAUGGGCUCAAAUAUGUUCUUUGACCCGAGAAGUGGAAAGUUUGAAAAGAAGAGGAAGCUCUGAAUCUCAAUCGGGUUCAGCGGUCAGUCCUCAGAGUGCGGAUCAGAGAGGAGGUCAUGAUUAUCCCAGAGGGGAUAGUUCGGAGACGAGAGAGGAUUUAGAUCAUGAGUACAAAGUGUUUCCUCCAGAAGGACAGAAUGAUCUUGGAAGGAUGGCACAGAGACUUGGCUUCAUACAUUCCGACUCCAAGGUGACCGACGAGAUGUUAGAGGCGGAUAGCAUCGACGCAUCCAUGGCAUACCCAAAUGAUUUACCUCUACCGACAUUCGAACUCUCACGACAACUACUCGAUUUCGCACUGGAUGAACUAGGUUGGCUCAUAGCCAUCGUACCCAUGACGUUCAAAAACGAACACGAGUUAGCAUGGCAAUAUCAAACCGCUCAAUCCGGUCCUUCUGAAUCACUCGACGUCGCAAACUUGUUCCUUCAUCGUCCGGCAUGGACGGCCAUGUAUCUAGCAUUGGUCAGCUGCGCGUUGGUAUAUGUCCGACAGGACAGAGCGUACGAGUGGGGUGUACCGCCUAGACAGAAAAUGUAUCUGGCGAGAUUAUGGUUUAGAGCGGGGGUGAAUAUGAUGUUGAGUGGUGCUGCGAGUUUGGCCAGACCAAACUUGAUGCAUUUACAGACGUUUUGCGUGUUAACUUUGUUGACACAACCUUUCAACGCUUCCGCCUUACACGAUACACUCUUAGCUAGUAUGCUCCAAGCUGGCAAAAGACUCUGCGUUCAUCGACAAGAUGCCCCCCACAGCGCAGCUUCGGAGAUUGGGAAACGUGUAUGGGGUUUCAUGCUUUGUCGUGAAGCCAUGUACGCGGGGGAAGAAUACGUUCCGACGUUCUGUACCAAAGCUCCACAACCUUUUGCUACUUAUCUAAACAUCCACGAACCUGAAGAUGACCCAGAAUCUGAGCAACCCAUGACCGCGCCCACUCGAGUGGCUUACCUCACCGCUCAGUGUCGUCUUGCAGCGUAUGUGAGCGAUCUGAAGUGUCUACCGCCCGAUCCCUCUUAUGAGAAAAUUAUGGAAUUUGAUCAGAGGCUUUCGGCGUUGUUUGAAGAUAUGCCGUAUUUCGAACCGGGGUAUAAAUUUCAGCCGUAUCAUCCGAGAUGGUUGCAGACUGCCCGGCACGUACUUGCUAUGAGUAGACAGCAAAAACGUCUCUUCCUUCAUCGUCACUACUUUGCACUUUCGGCUUCACACGAACGCUAUGCCCGUAGCCGAAGUAUCUCGGUCGAAGCCGCUCUAAGACUAUACGACGAGCGUCAAGCAAAUGAUUUCCCAUUCGAUGAUUUCCUCGAUACCAUCAACCAUUCUUUACCCGCUGCCAUAGUCUUGUUACUAGAUGCCAUCUACCCACUUCCUUCUCAACAUACCACACCGCAAUUGAUGAUCGAGCGAUGUGAACAAGUCGAACGUCUCCUUGGUCCUUUGAGAGCUGCAACCUAUCGAGCUUCCACAACGGCGAUAACUAAAUCUCUCGCUAGUGUAGACGAACUACUUCAAGAGAAACUUCGACAAGCUCAAGCUGCUAUAGCCGCCGAAGCUUCUAGAGAAUAUGCGUCCACUUUAUCGGAUAUGAGACAUACUCAAAUCCCACAACCUUUGAUCAAUGGGAUGGAAGGGACAGAUGUUGGUCAGAGGUUAGAGAUUGGUAUGAGGACCCUUGGAAUGCCGGGACCUGGUGAUGUGGGUCCUGGAAUAGGUGUGAGGGCGGUGAAUCCAUUUGGGAACGUGGAUCCUGAAGCUGGGAAAUUGUUGUUACAAAGAGAUACCAGUUUAUCUGCUUUGUUAAAUGAUUUGGAUUUCGACUGGAUGUUAUGUAACAACGACGCUUCAUGGGGUGUCGGAGUUGAUAACAUGUGGACUUGGACCCCUCCGAGGGUUUGA